AAAGGACCAAACUCAUCUAAGCAAUUGUGUACAACAAAAAGAGUAAACAGUUGAAUAUUAAAAAAAAAAAAAAAAGAGUAGAGAGAAAUAUGGCGUUGGCACCUCCCAGCCUCAUCCUCUGCAGUCCCCGUCUGAUUCCUAAGCAAGUAAUGAUCCCUACUAAUAUUUUUCGUCACAAAUUUGAAUCUGAUCAUCGUUCGUUGAUGAGUAGCUCCCGUAUCUGCUGUGCUGUGUCGCCGCCCACCACUCAAGUUUCUAAUUCUAAUCACCCAAAAGAUGGAAGAAGUUCAGCAAAUUACCAGCCAACUAUUUGGAGCUACGAUUUCCUUCAGUCCUUGAAGAAUGAUCAUGCCGAUAUCAUAUACAAAGAGAGAGCAGCGAAGUUAGAGCAGGAACUGAGGUUUGCUCUUCAUGAUGAAAACGCAGAGCCAGUGAACUUGCUAGAACUGAUUGAUGACAUCCAACGGCUGGGGUUAGGUCAUCGUUUUGAGAUUGAUAUCAAUCGAGCCCUUGAGAAAUUUAUGUCUUCAGAUGACUAUAGUGUCGCAACAAAGUAUAGUCUGCACGCAGCGGCUCUAAGAUUCAGACUCCUCAGGCAACACGGCUAUGUGGUUUCUCAAGACGUGUUUAAAGCUUUCAAGGACCAUAAGGGAAAUUUCAAGGAAUGCCUUUACAAGGAUGUCAAAGGAAUGUUGAGUUUGUAUGAAGCUUCACGUCUUGCCUUCGAAGAAGAGUAUGUAAUGGAUGAAGCCUUCUUGUUUACACGAAUGCAUCUCAUGGGUUUACAGGGUGUUAGUAAUCUGGAAGAAGGUUUAUUAGAACAGGUGAUCCACGCAUUGGAGCUCCCACUGCAUCGAAGAAUGGUCAGGCUAGAAGCUCGAUGGUACAUCGAAGCUUACAGCAAAAGUGCAGCUAGAAAACCAAACCUACUUGAAUUGGCCAAACUGGAUUUUAACAUGGUGCAGUCAACACUUCAAGAAGAUCUUAAAGAGAUGACAAGAUGGUGGAUUGGUAUGGGACUAUCGAGCAAGUUAAAUUUCGCAAGGGAUAGGCUCAUGGAAUGCUUCUUUUGGUCUGUUGGAAUGGUCUCUGAACCUCAAUUCAGGAAUUGCAGAAAAAGUUUAACCAAAGUGGCUUCUUUCGUUACUAUAAUUGAUGAUAUUUACGAUGUUUAUGGCACUUUAGAUGAAUUAGAGUUGUUCACUGAAGCUGUUCAAAGAUGGGAUGUAUGUGCCGUAAAAGAUCUUCCCAAGUGUAUGGAGCUAUGCUUUCUAGCUCUGUACAACUCUGUAAAUGAGAUGGCUUAUGAAACUCUUAGAGACCAUGGAGAAAACAUCAUUCCAUACUUAACCAAAGCUUGGGCAGAUCUAUGCAAAGCAUUCUUGAAAGAAGCAGCGUGGGCACGUAGUAAACAUGUUCCAACAUUCCAAGACUAUCUUGAAAAUGCAUGGGUGUCUGUGUCUGGACAUAUUUUUCUAGUCCAUGCCUAUUUUUUACAGAGUCCAAACAUCACAAGUGAAGCACUUGACAGCUUGGAACAGUACCAUGAUAUCCUUCGUUGGCCAUCUACUAUUUUCCGACUUUGUAAUGAUUUGGGUACUUCGAAGGACGAGUUGGAAAGAGGUGAAAGUGCAAACUCGAUAAUAUGCUACAUGAAGGAAGUUGGCUGCUCGGAGGCAACGGCUCGCCAACAUAUAAGUAAUUUGAUCGAUAAUUAUUGGAUGAAAAUGAACAAAUGCCGAAUUGAAGGUUCUACAUUUGCGAAACAUUUGGUAGAAACAGCUACUAAUUUGGCUCGGAUUUCCCAAUGCACAUACCAGCAUGGAGAUGCACAUGGAUGUCCAGAUAAUCUAUCUAAGAAUAGAAUACAAUCGUUGAUUGUUGAGCCUAUUUCUAUAAACUAGAAAGUAAUUUCAUCAAUGUACAUUUGAGAUUUUAUAACUAUAAAGUAUAGUGUGAUAAUUGUUCACUUCAUCUCUUUA